UUCAGCUGAUUUAUGAUACAUUCGUUUCAACAGUAAUUUUACAUAUACGUGUUUUUAAUCAAAGUAUCUUAAAUUAGAUUUUUGUUACAACAUGAAAUAAAAGACCACACCCUGGACAAGACGUCAGAAGUAGAAGUGGUCCAAUGACUUACUAGUUUUCUUUGGUGGACAUGUUGGAUUUAAAGGGGCUGAGUCGUUUAUGAAAAGCAACUGGGCUCCUCGCGGAGCUGGAGAUAUUCUUACAUUUUCGAGUGCAAAGCUUGCUAUUUCCCUUAUAAGCUAAGAACGAGCGACAUAGCCCGCGUCGGGGGAAGAUACGGAGAGAGGUGAGUUCUCCACUCGACGUUCAGACGAUGUCCACCAUGGUGUACCCGCGGGAAGAGAAGCUGGAGAAGCUCUCCCAGGAGGAGAUCAUCUCCAACACCAAGCUGGUGAUCCAGGGCCUGGAGGCGCUGAAGAACGAGCACAACUCCAUCCUGCACAGCCUGCUGGAGACCAUCAAGUGCCUCAAGAAGGACGAGGAGGCCAACCUGGUGCACGAGAAGAGCAACCUGCUGAGGAAGAGCGUGGAGAUGAUCGAGCUGGGGCUGGGCGAGGCGCAGGUGAUGAUGGCGCUGUCCAACCACCUGAACGCGGUGGAGUCGGAGAAGCAGAAGCUGCGUGCGCAGGUGCGGCGGCUGUGCCAGGAGAACCAGUGGCUGCGGGACGAGCUGGCCAACACGCAGCAGAAGCUGCAGAAGAGCGAGCAGAGCGUGGCCCAGCUGGAGGAGGAGAAGAAGCACCUGGAGUUCAUGAACCAGCUCAAGAAGUACGACGAGGACGUCUCGCCCACGGAGGAGAAAGAUGGUGAGACUCCUAAGGACUCUCUGGAUGACCUGUUCCCCAAUGAUGAGGAGGACAACGGCCCAGGAGUGCCUCAGCAGCACAGUGCAGCGGUGGCAGCAGCCCAGCAGGGAGGGUAUGAGAUCCCGGCCCGCCUGAGGACCCUCCACAACCUGGUCAUCCAGUACGCCUCACAGGGCCGCUACGAGGUGGCCGUGCCCCUCUGCAAGCAGGCCCUGGAGGACCUGGAGAAGACCUCCGGCCAUGACCAUCCAGACGUGGCCACCAUGCUCAACAUCCUGGCACUGGUCUAUAGGGACCAGAACAAGUACAAAGAGGCGGCUCACUUGCUGAACGACGCGCUGUCCAUCAGAGAGAAGACACUGGGCAAGGACCACCCUGCUGUGGCUGCCACCCUGAACAACCUUGCCGUGCUGUAUGGCAAGAGGGGAAAAUACAAGGAGGCCGAGCCACUCUGCAAGAGAGCCCUAGAGAUCCGUGAGAAGGUGCUGGGUAAGGAGCAUCCUGACGUGGCUAAGCAGCUGAACAACCUGGCGCUGCUGUGCCAGAACCAGGGCAAGUAUGAGGAGGUGGAAUACUACUACUGCCGCGCCCUGGAGAUCUACGAACGACGCCUGGGGCCCGACGACCCCAACGUGGCCAAGACCAAGAACAACCUGGCCUCUUGCUUCCUGAAGCAAGGCAAGUAUAAGGAGGCUGAGAUCCUCUACAAGGAAAUUCUGACGCGGGCCCACGAGAAGGAAUUUGGAUCCGUCGAUGCUGAGAACAAACCUAUCUGGAUGCACGCAGAGGAGAGGGAGGAGAUGAGCAAGGGGAAGCACAGAGACAACACCCCCUAUGGAGAGUACGGCGGUUGGUACAAGGCUUGCAAAGUCAACAGUCCCACUGUGAACACGACCCUGAGGAAUCUUGGAGCUCUGUAUCGCCGGCAGGGCAAGAUGGAGGCAGCAGAGACCCUGGAGGAGUGUGCCAUGAGAUCCCGCAAGCAGGGCAUCGACCCCAUCCACCAGACGCGCGUGGUGGAGAUCCUGAAGGAUGGCGAGGGGGAUCGCGAGCGCCGGCGUAGCCGCGAGAGCCUGUCCAGCGUCAAGUACGACAGCGGCUCCGAGGCCGGCCAGGAAGUGAGUAUGGGCAUCGAGUGGAACGGGGAUGGCAGCGGGGCUCUGCAUCGCAGCGGCUCUCUGGGGAAGCUGAGGGACGUCCUCCGGCGCAGCAGUGAGCUCCUGGUCAAGAAGCUGCAGGGCAACGGCCCCGACGAACCACGCAGCAGCAGCAACAGCAGCAGCAGCAGCCCCAGCAUGAAGAGAGCGGCCUCCCUCAAUUACUUAAACAAGACCAAUGAGGAUCCCUUCCAGCAGAGCCCGGUGGGUAGGCGCCUGAGGGACAGCCGAGGCCUGAGCUCCAGCAAUGUGGACCUCUACAGCAGCAACUAGAGAGGAGCUCCUUCCACACACAACCUCAGCUGUGUGUGUGUACGUGUGUGUGUGUACGUGUGUGUACGUGUGUGUGCAUGCCUGCAUGUGUGUAUGCGUGCCCCUACGCUCAGCUUCCUGUGUGCCAAGACCCUCAUUUGAGAAUGCCGUCUCUUUUGCCAUUUACGUCUUAUGAGCAACUACGUAUACGUAUAUCAACCCAAAGACCAGCUACUGAACUCUCCAAAAAAAGACUAUUCCAGAAAGAUGUGACACCUUCUUCUACCCACUUUGGACGUUGCACAUGGAAGUGUCCAGAAGAAUGUUGAUGAUGGUUGCUGAUUUUUUAAAUAAACUACCAUCUGGUAUGGCUGCUAGCCCCAUGGUAGCUUCACAUGGUUACAUGGAUCAUCACCAUCUGUGGUAAUAAUCAGGUUACAUGCUGACAUCCAUUUUAGGUAAUUGUUUUGUUAUGCAUCGUCAAAUAUCUUUCAAACGCACACAUACCCAAACUGCAAGUCUAUUGUGUUUUAUUUCUGGGUUACGGUACUGUUUUCUAGUAUUGUGUUUUCUCUGAUAAGUGUAUUAGAUUUUAGACUUUGUCGUUUUUUAUCUUGGAUUUUAAGCCAUUGUUUUAGUUUUCAUUAAGCAUUGAAUCCUGACAUUUGCCUUUACUCUUGUGGGUUGUUCAAAAUGAAUUUCCAGACAUGCAUGUUACAUCUAAUGAGUGUUUUGUAUGUAUAUCCUUGAUCAUGAAUUCUGAACCCUCACCCACGCAUGUCAGCGUGAGAUUUCACUGCAGUGCGCGAAGCACAAGUGAGAGAAAGUCAGUUUAAUUUGUUCUCUCUGAGGCCUUGCUGUAAAUGACACAUGUAGCCAUGGUAACACAAAUGGAGUCUACCUUGUGUUAGCGCUGGCUGUUUUUAGCAGUAGCCUUCUAGGCUGCAUGUGUACAGUAGUACUGUAUGACAAACACAUUGCCUGAGGUCUCCACUGAUAUGGGAAAGCUGUUUGAUGACGAUUGUUUGCUUAUUUGUUUCUUUCUCUUGUAUAUUUUUUUCCCCAUGGUUUAUUAUGUUGAUAUUUUUUUAUUACUUUCAUAAGGUGCAAUGUGAAUACAAUACAAUCAGUGGUGUAGUCUACGUAGAACACGGGUAUACGGAGUAUACCCACUUCUAAAUUUCAGGGAUUUCAGUAUACCCACUUAAAAUUGAUUGAUCCAUUAUUUUGAAUAGCACAAAUAUAUACAGUAUACCCGCUUCAAAAAAUGCUCAAAUAUACAGUAUACCCACCAUAAAAAAGUAGACUACACCACUGAAUACAAUCUGAUCCAAGAUGUAGGCCAUCAAAUACAUCAGAAAACCUAGGACAAACUAAACCUACAAAACUCCCAUGUCUUACACAAUUUCUUCCUAAUUCAACAGCCUUUCUAUGAAAGAUUUUAAAAUGCCCUCAGCCUACGGUAUAUGCAAUUAAACUAACUUUAAAAUGGGCCAGAAUCCUAGAGCUCACUCAGCUCUGCUUACAGUAGGAGUAGAACUGGGCUCCCUCUGUUACAGUGCUUGUCGUUGUACAAGAAUGACGACAUAUCGGCGGGAAAUGCUUAAUGUGUAUUUUCCCCUUGGUCUUCUGGUUCACAUUCUGAACUUUUUGUAGUAGUACGUUAUGAUUAGCUCUACCUUUUUUCCUGUUACAUGCAGUGCACAUUUUGAGAGAUAGACUGAACAUUCUGUUAGAUCCCUUUGAACGUGGACAAACGGUUGAUCAAUCAAUGACUGUUUUUUAACCUGCGCCUGUUAGUUUCCCUUUUUGUCAGUGUUGCUAUUCCCUUAGCUUGCAUUAGAUGGCAAUAGUGAGUUGAACAUUAGCCCGGCAGCAGAUCAGGUUUCAUCAGAGGCCGUGUACUGUGGUGGGCCACCCACACUUGCCUAUCGUGAGAUUCAUUCAGCCAUGCUGUCAUAAUGCUGCAGGACUUAAACUCCAUCAUAGUACACACACAACACCCACUCAAAUACUAAGUUUGUCUCUGUCUGCAUAGAAGCACAGAGUUGGAGACUUAUAGCUUUAGGGUUACAGUAGCUUGCAUUUUGAAUGUAGUAAUAUAAGAUUUUGCAGGCUUUGUUUUCCCCUGUCAUCUUGUGGUUUAUCAAUGGACUUUCUCUUGUUAUCGUUUGUUGUUAACUGAAAUGUAUCUAUAUGGGAAAACAUGAUAUCUGUAGGUCUUAAACUAGAAUAAAUGUGUAAUUCAUAGGACUGACUUGAAUAUCGGCUUCAGAGGAAAUGUGCAUAAUAUGAAUUGUCUUUAGCAUUUAAAAAAUGUAAUGUACAGUAUGUAGAGGUAUGAUGGCGCAUAAUAAUGUAUAUGUUUAUAAGCCUGAUCAGGGAUUCAUUGAGCUAAUGUAGUAUCUUUUAUUAUUUUUAGCCAUAUGGGUACAUAGGACUGGAGAUACUACAAGGAGUACAGUUACAUUAGGAAGGCUGUGAACUUUGUAGAGGAUGCAUAUACAGUACUCUAACAAUUGAGGUACAAUCCACCAAGAAGUCAGUGACAAAGUGUAGGCCUAGACUGUUCUGUUGUGUACGAUGGGAGAAAGUGGACUGAUUUAAAGCCAAUAAAUAAUGUAUGUUUUGUUUC